AUGUCGUUUCUUAUCAAAAAUCCUUUUACUACAGAGUCAAGGGUGGGGGGGAAUCAUCCGCCAACAGGGGGUGAGGAUACCAGCUUACAGAAAGAGCUGGCAACCGUAGAUGAGGUUUUGGCCAAGAAGAUGGCGUCGGUCAACAGUGCAAUUGAUGAGAUAGGAAUGACUCCUUUCCAGUGGAAACUGUUCUUUCUCAAUGGUUUCGGAUACGCGGUCGACUCGCUGCUCGUCGUCUGCCAGUCCAUCGCUCAGCCAGCUGUGACGCAGGAGUUCGGCAAUCCAAGCAAGCAUAUCGCUGGAGUGGCUCUUGCAUCGCAGAUCGGUCUUCUAGUCGGCGCUGCUGUUUGGGGCUUCUCUGCCGAUGUCAUCGGGCGUAAGCUGGCGUUCAACUCAAGCCUCUUCAUUUGCGCCACAUUUGUGCUCAUUGCUGGCGGAAUGCCAAACUACGUCUCCUUCUGCGCCAUGGUUGCAAUAUACUCAGCUGGAGCAGGCGGGAAUUAUGUCUUGGAUGCAACCAACUUUCUGGAGUUUCUUCCGGUAUCUCACUCCUGGCUCGUGACCUUUUUGGCCGUUUGGUGGGCCGUUGGAUACACAAUUACCGGCUUACUGGCGUGGGCCUUCAUGAGCAAUUAUAGCUGCCAUCCUGAUGCUACUGUUGCCGAAUGCACCCGCGCCGCUAACAUGGGCUGGAGAUACCUCCAUAUUACCUGCGGCGGUCUCGUACUUGUUGCGAGUAUCUUGCGCCUUGUUCUGAUCCGCAUGGCAGAGACACCCAAGUGGCUAGUGAGCCAGAAUCGUGACGAUGAGCUGAUUGAGAUUCUUUCCAACCUAUCCAAGAAAUAUAACCGUCCAUUUAGUCUUACCCUAGAGGAGCUGUCAUCCCAAGGCCGUGUGCAGGGCACAGAGAAAUCCGUCUUUUCAGCUCUGCGCCUGGCAAGCCAUUUCACGGGUCUGUUUAGUACAAAGAAGUUGACAUAUUCGACCGUAAUGAUCAUCAUCAACUGGCUGCUCAUUGGAACUGUGUCGCCGCUGUACAGUGUCUUUCUGCCAUACUACCUCCAAUCCCGCGGCGCAGACACCGGCGACAACUCCAACUACACUACUUGGCGGAACUACGCCAUCAACCAGGUAGCAGGCUUGAUUGGGCCCGUGAUUGCGGCCGUCCUCGUUGAGCUCCGGCUAAUUGGGCGCCGACGAACCCUAGCUAUCGGCGCCGCCGUCACCACAGCGCUGCAGUUUGGCUAUACCCAGAUCAAGACGCCAGCGCAGAACGUGGGGGUCUCAGCGGCCAUCACGGCGGCAUCUAACAUCUACUACGGGACAAUAUACGCUUAUACGCCAGAGAUUUUACCUAGUUCUCAUCGAGCGACGGGGUAUGGGCUCUGUGUAGUCCUCAACAGAGUGGGUGGGAUCGUGGGUGUUUUGGUCGGGAGCUUUGCGAAUGUCCAGACGACAGUGCCGUUGUUUAUCUGUGCUGGAAUAUAUGCGGCGUUGAUCAUCACGAGUUUAUCAUUACCUUUUGAGAGUCGCGGGAAGCGGACUGUUUAG